GCUGGUGCAAUUUCAAUUACAACCCCGGCCUUAUGAUCAUCAUCUUCUUCAAAAUGAAGUGAGGGUAUUGUCUGCUACUCGGCCAUAUACUAUAAAAGGGCUCUGAAGUUGUGACCCUUCACUACAAGGAACAAGAUAGAUUAGCUAGCUCCUUUUCCCUUGUUUCAUAUAUACGGUAAUCUAAAACAGCCAUGAUCCUUAAUAUUCCUUGUAAGAAAUCCAGGAGCUUGUGCUUUUUCUUGGUCCUCCUCAGCUCUGUUAUUUGUAUUGUAACUACAUCAGCAGAGCUGCAGAGAUUCGAACACCCAACAAAAGAAGAUGGAUCGCUUAGCUUUCUGGUGCUUGGUGACUGGGGAAGAAGAGGAGAGUUUAACCAGUCUGAAGUUGCUUUUCAGAUGGGAAAGGUUGGAGAGAAACUUGACAUAGAUUUUGUAAUAUCCACUGGAGACAACUUUUAUGAUAAUGGAUUGAGCAGUGAACAUGAUACAGCAUUUGAAGAGUCAUUUACCAAAAUUUAUACACAAAGGAGCCUGCAAAAGCAGUGGUAUAGCAUUUUAGGUAACCAUGAUUAUAGGGGUGAUGCAGAGGCUCAACUAAGCCCCCUGCUAAGGAAGAUUGACAGGAGAUGGCUUUGCUUAAGGUCUUUCGUUGUAAAUGCAGCAGAAUUAGCAGAGAUUUUGUUCGUGGACACCACUCCUUUUGUCAAUAUGUACUUCACAAGCACAGAGGACCAUUCUUACGAUUGGCGAGGAAUUCCUUCUCGCAAGGCUUAUAUUCAAACCUUGUUGAAGGAUGUUGAGUUGGUACUGAAAAAGUCAUCUGCAAGGUGGAAGAUAGUUGUUGGACACCAUGCCAUUAGAAGUAUUGGGCAUCAUGGUGAUACACAGGAACUUAUAAAGCACCUUCUCCCAAUUCUUCAGGCCAAUGAUGUGGACUUUUACAUGAACGGGCACGAUCAUUGCCUAGAACACAUCAGUGAUAUCAAAAGCGGAAUACAGUUUCUCACGAGCGGAGCAGGAUCAAAAGCAUGGAGAGGUGACAUGAAGAAUGAGGAAGGUUUGAACAAACAAGGCCAGCUGGUCAACUUCUUCUAUGACGGCCAAGGAUUCAUGUCUGUGAAGCUGAAUCUCACUCAAGCAGAGAUAGCUUUCUUUGAUGUCUUUGGCAAUGUCAUACAUUCAUGGACUACUUCCAAGCUGCUUCACCCAUCUAUAUGAAUAAUAUGAUCAUGCAAAAAUGAAUCGAUCGCUACAGAAAGCAAGCUAGUUAGCCAGAGACUAAAAUAAUA